GCGCUGUUGGAAGCCCCUCCAUAUUCCAUGGGAGUGGACGAGUCUUGGAGAGAGGGAAGCUGGAGCGCGCAGCGGACAAGAGGGUCUGGAUAAACGUUCAAAGAGGUGGCUGUGCAUUUCACCCUGCUGGAUCCAGACCAAAGGUCAUGGAGGAGAAUUAUGGGACUCUGUCCUCUCUAGGAAAUGAUGGAUUGAGCAGUGAGAAGUGUAUGGCAAAAUAUUUGGUGUCACUGGAAAAAGCUGAGCAUGAAUCAGGAAAAAAGAUGCUUGGAAGUGAAAGAGGACCAAGAAGGGAUGAGGGAAACCACUCAGAGGAUAGGGGGAAGGAGGUGCCUGCUUCCCAGAGUGCUGCUGUCCAGGAACCCCUGAGCCAACAGGAAGAUCACAAAAGAAACGGCAGGAAAGCAUGCUUGGUGUGUGGGAAAACAUUUAGACAUCAAUCGAACUUAAAUAUACAUUGCAGGGUCCACACAGGAGAGAAACCAUAUACAUGCAUCGAGUGUGGGAAGAGCUUCAAUCUGAGAAGCAAUCUUACUAGACAUCAAAACACACAUACAGGAGAGAAGCCGUAUAAAUGUAUGGAGUGCGGGAAGUGCUUCAGUGACAGCAGUAGCCUCACUCGACACCAAGCCACCCACGCUGAGGAGAAACCAUACCCUUGCAUGAAUUGUGGAAAGAGCUUUUGUGUGAGGAGUAGCCUCCUUUUACACCAAAGAACACACACAGAAGAGAAGCCAUUUAAGUGUGCCGAGUGUGGAAAGAGCUUCAUUGAAAUCAGUAGCCUUACUAAACAUCAGAGAAUCCACAGAGGGGAGAAACCGUUUAAAUGCAAGGAGUGCGGGAAGAGCUUCAGUCAGAGCGGCAACCUUACGUUACAUCAAAGAACACACACGGGCGAAAAGCCAUGUCAGUGUGCCGAGUGUGGAAAGUGCUUCCGUAGCAGCAGCAGCCUUACUUUACAUCAGAGAAUCCACACGGGGGAGAAACCAUAUACAUGCGUUGAGUGUGGGAAAAGCUUCAGCGUCCGUAGUAGCUUUACUUCACAUCAGAGAAUGCACACACAGGAUAAACCGUUUAAGUGCGUGGAGUGUGGGAAGAGCUUUAGUCAGAGCAGUAGCCUGACGACACAUCAGAGGACACACACAGGGGAGAAGCCGUACAAAUGUGUCAGCUGUGGGAAGUGUUUCAAUGACAGCAGUGGCCUCACUUUACAUCAAAGGACCCACACAGGGGAGAGACCCUUCAAAUGCACGGUGUGUGGGAAAAGCUUCAGUCUGAGUAGUAACCUUAGCAGACAUCAAAAAACACACACAGGAGAGAAGCCAUAUAAAUGUAUGGAGUGUGGAAAGUGCUUUAUUGACAGCAGUGCUCUUACUUUACAUCAGAGAAUGCACACAGGGGAGAAACCAUUUAAAUGCACGGUGUGUGGAAAGAACUUCAGUGCAAACAGUCGGCUUGCUAGACAUCAAAGAAUACAUACAGGAGAGAAAACAUGGUGUGGGAAAAACUUCGGGGACAAAGCAAACCUUUGGGGACAUCAAAAAACCCACACAGGUGAAAACCUGUAAAACUGCAUGGGGUGUGGACCUUGGAAGACUUCCUAAACACUAAAACACACAGUGGCGAAGUUACGGAAAGGUACAAAGUGUGGAAAAAGCCAUGUGAGCACCAGCCUUCCUCAACAUCUGAGAACCCUUGGAGGAAAGAAACCCCAUACAUGUAAAGAAUAUGGCUAAUUUCUGCGUUAUGAGAGGACUGAUUUGGCUGCAGUGACAUAUCCUUUAGACCUUUAAAGCCCUAAACGGCCUCGGCCCAGUCUACCUGAAGGAGCGUCUCCACCCCCAUCGUUCUGCCCGGACACUGAGGUCCAGCGCCGAGGGCCUUCUGGCAGUUCCCUCACUGCGAGAAGUGAAGCUACAGGGAACCAGGCAGAGGGCCUUCUCGGUAGUGGCACCCACCCUGUGGAACACCCUCCCACCAGAUGUAAAAGAGAAAAACAACUACCAGAAUUUUAGAAGACAUCUGAAGGCAGCUCUGUUUAGGGAAGCUUUUAAUGUGUGACAUUUUAAUGUACUGUAUUUUAAUCUUUGUUGGAAGCCGCCCAGAGUGGCUGGGGAAACCCAUCUGGAUGGGCAGGGUACAAUUAUUAUUAUUAUUAUUAUUAUUAUUAUUAUUAUUACAUCCAGGUUCAAUGACUGGAAUGGGCGCUGCCUUUGAAAAGUGCUCCAAAACUUCAGCUGACUCAAAGAUCAGCAGCCAGAUUGUCAGCUGGGGCUGGUUAUAGCCUGGGGAACAUACGACUCCCUUGUUACAACAGCUCCACCAGGAGUACCAGUUUGUUUGGGGCACAAGUGCUGUUCAUGAACUGUAUAUGACUUACGUCCAAGCUAUCUGAAUGUGUUCCCUCAUUUGAAACUGCCCAGGUUCUGAGGUCUUCACGGGAGGCUCUUCUCUCGGUCCCACCAACCUCACAGGCAUCCUUGAUAGGGACACAUCAGAGGGCCUUCUCAGUGGUUGCUCCCAGACUUUGGAACUCCCUGGAAAAGUUAGACAGACUCCCUCCUUCUUGUCCUUCUGCAGGCAGGCGAAGACUUUCCAGCAGGCCUUUGGGAACUGCUGUUUUAAUGAAAGGGCUGCCACCAUACUGCUUUUAUUGUAAUUAUUAGUUUGGUUUUAAUGGAUGUGCUAGAUGUACACACACUAUCAGUGUUGAUUUAAAAAAUAUAUAUCCCCCCCUAUUUUUAGUGGUUCUUAUUAUCUGUAAACUGCCUUGAGUCCCAUCAAGGUAAUAAUAAUAAUAAUAAUAAUAAUAAUAAUAAUAAUAAUAAUAAUGUUUCCCACUUCUGAGAAUGUAGUGAAAGUUUAUGGUGGGACUGCCCAGAGGUAUUUAAAUAGUGGGAAAUGGUUUGUGAAUAAAUUGCCAAAAAUACUCAAAUAAUCCCAUCCCAAUUUUAGCACAGAUUUGUUUACAAAAUCUGUGGCAUGAUCAGCUGAAAGGGUUCGGCUCCCAGGAACUGUUAACGUGGAUGCUUGUGACGCCCAGAAUUUCAUUUGUGCCCAAAUGGAAACUUGCCAAGAUGUAUAAGAACAAAUCUUCUGAGUGCUGGAGGUGCAACAAAGAAAAGGGGUCUUUUAUACAUAUGUGGUGGAAUUGUCCUGCAAUAAGCAUAUACUGGAAUACAAUCUAUGAAGAACUUUAAAAUUGUUAAAAUGUACGUUUAGAAAAAGACCAGAAAUAUUCUUAUUAAACAUAAUACCAGAAGAGAUUAGAUAGAUAGAUAGAUAGAUAGAUAGAUAGAUAGAUAGAUAGAUAGAACACUAAUGUAUGGGAUAGUUGCAGCAAGAGUUUUGGUUGCUAGAAAGUGGAAGAGUAAAAGCUUACCCAGCAUAAUGGAUUGGCAGAUCUUGAUGUUAGAGUACCUGCAGUUAGCCAAAACAAUGGGAAGAACAAGAGGACAAAUGAAACAAAAUAUAUAUAAGGAAUGGAGGAUGUUCAAAGAGUAUUUAAGGAGUAAUGGUAUAUCGGAAAUCCUAGUGGCAGAUCUAGGCUGAACCUGGUAUAAAUUUAAAGAAAUAAAGAAUGUGAAAAAAAGGAAUGAAAAGGCAAGUAAAUAGUCACAACUGUGCGAUAAAAUAACGAAAAUAUAUAUAGACUACAGAGAGAAUAAUCGGAAGUUUGGUUUUUCAUUGUUGCAGUUUUUAUUUAUUUUUUCUUGUUUUCUUGUAUUCCUUUUUUCUUAUAAAUUUCUAGUUUCGUUUUUUCUUUAUUUUCUUUUUUCUGAUUCUUUGUAUUGUAUUG